UGCGGCGUCCCUCUGCCCUCCCACCUCUCAUCCUUCUCCUCCGUACAGGUCCAGCAUGCCAGCAAACAGAUCACGGCAGAGAAGCAGUACAAGGGUAUCAUCGAUUGCAUAGUCCGCAUCCCCAAGGAGCAAGGCAUCAUCUCCUUCUGGAGAGGCAACCUGGCCAAUGUCAUCCGGUACUUCCCCACCCAGGCCCUCAACUUUGCCUUCAAGGACAAGUACAAGCAGAUCUUCCUGGGGGGAGUGGACAGGCGCAAGCAGUUCUGGCGGUACUUCGCAGGGAAUCUGGCGUCCGGGGGUGCUGCGGGAGCCACCUCCCUCUGCUUCGUCUACCCGCUGGAUUUUGCCAGGACCAGGCUGGCGGCGGCGAAAAGAAUCAGUGAGAGGGAGUUCACUGGGCUGGGCGACUGCAUCAUCAAGAUCUUCAAGUCUGAUGGCUUGAGGGGCCUGUACCAAGGAUUCAGUGUGUCUGUCCAGGGCAUUAUUAUCUACAGAGCAGCCUAUUUUGGGGUUUACGACACGGCCAAGGGUAUGUUGCCUGAUCCAAAGAAUGUGCAUAUUGUAGUGAGCUGGAUGAUUGCCCAGACUGUCACUGCAGUAGCAGGGCUGGUUUCUUACCCUUUUGAUACUGUGCGACGUAGGAUGAUGAUGCAGUCUGGCCGAAAGGGAGCUGAUAUUAUGUACAAGGGCACAAUUGAUUGCUGGAAGAAGAUAGCUAAAGAUGAAGGAUCCAAAGCGUUCUUCAAAGGUGCCUGGUCGAAUGUGUUGAGAGGCAUGGGCGGAGCUUUUGUAUUAGUACUUUAUGAUGAAAUCAAGAAAUACGUCUAAAACUUAACAUAAUGUAGUUCAAUUGUUCUCAAUCAACUUUUUAAAAAAAUAUGCUAUUGUGAUGUAAUGGACAACAAAAUAUUUCCUAGGGAAACAGAAUAAAAUUUAUGAGUAACAUAUCUGGUUGAGAUGAGGAUGCAUUAAUUUAAAAAUUGUCCACUGCAUCACAGUUACAUUUUAUAUGAAAAUUCCUCCAACAUUUGUAUUGGAACCUGUGUAUAUAUUAUACUGCAAAUUUCAGGUAAUACAUUUUGUCUAGAGACAGGACUUAGGUGGUCUGUAGCUAGUUUAAAAUCUAAUAUUGUGAACUCUUAAUAGAAUGAAAUCUUUGGAAAUACCUAUUGUACUAAGUGAUGUCUCUAGCUACCCAACAUGAUGACAUUUA